AUGAAACUCCCCCUACUUCUGGCUCUUCUAUUUGGGGCAGUUUCAGCCCUUCAUCUAGGGACUGAAGCAUCCAACUUUGAGAGCCCCUUGGGAGAUGACACCCUGCCUCAGGAUAGGGAGAUGCCAGAACGUGGGGCAAUGGAGCCUCCUAUGGAGGGACUUACGCUGACGAAGGGAGAGGAGGAGGGGGGCUCUGGCAGUGAAGAUGCCCCUGAGGAAGAGGGGCUUGUCAAGUCUGUCUCAGCCAUAGAAGAGGUGGACAAAGACUUUCAGUGCCCUAAGGGAGAGGAUACAGUCAAACUGAAAUGCGCCCCUGGAUGCAAGACCUGCCAAUUUAUUGUGGUGUCGACAGCCAUGUCAUAUAAUCAAGCUUACGAUACUUGCCGGAGGUGCUAUGGGGGCUUCCUCAUCUCCAUCCAUGACCACACCUGUAACGACAAGAUCCAGUCCGAAGCCAGAUUUCUCAACCAGGGUCAAGUCUGGAUUGGCGGUGCAGCCAAAUAUCCAGGUAGCUGCAGGAGCUUUUACUGGAUGGAUGGCAGUGCCUGGGAUUUUUGGUUCUGGGCUGCUGGCCAGCCUUCGGGAUAA